AUCUGGCAACUUUGGAAGGGACGCGGCCGCCAUCUUUGUUGUUGUUGUGCCGCCAUGGCGAUCAACCCGCGCAAGGACGGCGGCCCAAACGUCAAGUAUUACGAGUCCGCGGAGACCGUCUCGCAGUUCGAAAACGUCCGGACAUGGCUCACGAAGAACGCCAAGAAGCAUGUCCAGGCCGACCCACCCACCAACAAGAACCUGGCACAGCUGGUGGUCAUGCUGCUGCAGUUUAUGGAGGACAACUUUGGACCCAAGGCUCCUAGACCACCUAUGACCAAGCUGCCUAUGAAAUGUUUCUUAGACUUCAAGCCUGGAGGGGGUCUGUGUCAUAUCCUGAGCACUGUGUACAAAUUCAAGAGUGAUCAGGGAUGGCGCAGGUUUGAUUUUCAGUCUCCUUCACGCAAGGAUGCCAACAUUGAACUGUUUCGUGAGAUAGAGAAAAGUCUGUUAUCCAGCAAGUGUUGGACCAAGCCAUCAGUUUACAUCCAGAAUGAGGUGGACAAGGAGCUGAGAAAUGAGCUCAAGGACAUAGUCAAACGGCAUGAUGGAAAGAUUGUGGAUGAGGAGGAGGAAGCAACACACAUUGUAUAUGACGAACAGGAUCCCCUGGAUGAUGAGUUUGCACGCGCCGCGAUGCGUCGUGACCGCCAGACUCUGUUUCACUUUUAUUACAUGCCAGACUCUUAUGACUCCUGGGCUGCAGGGGUGGAACUGGACUAUGACCCUCCAGAGUCUCCCUUCUUUUUCGAUGGCCAGUGGAAGGUAUGUGCAAACUGGCUGCAAGACCUUGAAUCUUACAAUGAGUGGAUGAAUGAGGAGGACUAUGAGGUGGAUGACUCUGGCACCAAGAAGAAGCAUCGUGGCUGCCUCAGCGUGGAUGACACCAUGGGCCUCAGCGAUCCUGACAAGAAAAAGAAAGCCAAAAAGAGGCCGCGGUCACCCCCCUCGCCACGCACCAAGAGAAAAGGUGUUGUAUACUCCUCUCUACUUAGUUCCCGCAACACCACUAAUCCUGGGAAGCCUGUGAAGAAAAUAAAGGUCGAGGAAGAGGAAGAAGAUCUCACCCGGGACAUGGAAGACCCUGCCCCUGAGCCUGCCGUCACGGAGGUCACCACAGGCUCCAAAAUCCAGCCAAGCAAAGGUGGCAACUACAUGGACCUUGAUGAAGAGACCACAGAGAAGACAGAGAAGACAGAAGGCCCACCGGUGCCCGAGAGUGAGGACACAGCCACCGACCAGACACAUCACAUCAUUGUGCCGAGCUAUGCUGCUUGGUUUGACUACAAUGCGAUCCAUGCCAUUGAGAAGAGAGGUCUGCCAGAAUUUUUCAAUGGCAAGAACAAAUCUAAAACUCCUGAAAUAUAUCUUGCAUACAGAAACUUCAUGAUUGACACCUACAGAUUAAAUCCCACGGAAUACCUGACCUCCACUGCUUGCCGCCGCAACCUUGCUGGUGACGUGUGUGCCGUGAUGCGGGUGCACGCCUUCCUGGAGCAGUGGGGGCUGAUCAAUUAUCAGGUUGAUGCAGAUGCCAGACCAACCCCAAUGGGCCCACCACCUACCUCUCACUUCCACGUCUUGGCUGACACGCCUGCUGGUCUUCAGUCCAUUAAUCCCCCCAAGGUCAAUCAACCUUCUGCCGCCAAACACAUAAUGGAUUUCGACAAGAAACCAACAGAUAAAAAGCCAGAGUUCAGCAUUGGAACAGAUUUUGGACUGAAGCUUGAUCAGUAUUCCAAAAAGACAGGAGCCCUCAAGAACAAGUCUGCUGCGAGCCAAGCAAGGGAAUGGACGGAGCAGGAGACAUUGCUGUUGCUGGAAGCGCUAGAGAUGUACAAAGAUGACUGGAAUAAGGUGUGUGAGCAUGUGGGCACCAGAACACAAGAUGAGUGCAUCCUUCAGUUCCUCCGCCUCCCCAUUGAGGAUCCCUACUUAGAAGACUCCGAGGUAGGUUCCGGGGCCUCUGGAGCAGCUCUUGGACCACUGGCGUACCAACCUAUUCCGUUCAGCAAGUCUGGCAAUCCAAUUAUGUCCACCGUAGCAUUCCUGGCAUCUGUGGUUGAUCCUCGCAUAGCUGCCUCUGCUGCAAAGGCUGCUAUGGACGAAUUUUGCCGCAUCAAGGAUGAAGUUCCAUCUGCUCUGCUUGAUUCUCACAUAAAGAAUGUUGCUGACCAUGCUGCAUCAAAUGAAGGGAAAGUGGAUCCAACUGCUGGGUUAGGCAAGUCAGGUAUUGCUGGAACAGAACCAGAAGGUGAAGAGAAGAAAGAGGGCGAGACAGAAACUGAUAAGGAGAAGAAAGAAGAGGCUGCCAAAAAGGAUGGAGAAAAGAAGGAAGAAGAGAAAAAGGAAGGUGAACCUGAGAAAGAAAAGAAAGAGGAAGCCAUGGAGGUUGACAAACCUGAAGAAAAGAAAACUACUUCUACAGAAGAAAAGAAAGAGAAAGAGAAGGAGAAGAAGGAAGAGAAAGAGAAAGAAAAAGAGGAGAAGAAGGAGAAGGAGAAAGAGAAAGAGGAUGAGGAAGAAGAAAAGAAAGAGGAAAAAGAAGAAACAAAAGAAGAGAAAAAAGAAGAAAUCAGUCCAGAAGAGAAAAAGUUGGACGCCGAGCGUGAGAGGCUACGUAAAGAUGCAUCUGUUCAACAGGCAGCCAGUGCUGCUCUUGGCUCGGCUGCAGUUAAGGCCAAACACCUUGCUGCUGUAGAGGAGAGGAAAAUUAAAUCUCUUGUAGCACUACUUGUAGAAACUCAAAUGAAGAAGCUGGAAAUAAAAUUGCGACACUUUGAAGAGUUGGAAACCAUCAUGGAUCGGGAAAGAGAAAGUCUUGAGCUGCAGCGCCAGCAGCUGCUGCAGGAGCGCCAGCAGUUCCACUUGGAGCAGCUGAAGGCAGCAGAGAUGAGGGCACGCCAACAUGCCCUGCAUCAGCUAACGCAAGGUGCAAGUCCAGCCCACUCCCCUGCCCCAGCCAUGGCCCAGGUUCAUCAGUAGCAUUCCAGAGGAAGACAAAAUAACUCAUGAAAACUGACACUGGCAGCUGUUUUGCAGAUGCUGGGAUUGGAAAGAGAUCAUCUAGACUAGACUUAAGAAUUGGUGUUCGACAUUCAUUUCCAACAUAAUUAGUAUGUAGAGGUAGUACCAUUUUUCUUGGCCAGUUCACUCACAAAUCAGUCACAUCAGUGUACUCAACUUACUUUAAAAAGCAAGGAGUAACAUUCUGUAAGACACAGACAAAAUAUAUACAUGACCUGACCAAGGAAGAAAAUCAUGCCCUUUGGAUUUAGUCAAGACAUAUGAUAUUUGUACAGUUUUUUUAAAUAACCAUGAAUUCAAACAAAAAGAGAUGCUUCAGUUCUUUUAUGUCUUGCCCUCCACAGUCAAUCUAAACUAAUAUCAAGACUUAUGGCACAAUAUUCAUCCGAAUCUAUUCAUGCCCAUCACUAUUUGUAGCUUCAUGUCCAUUUCUGAACAUUAAGAUUGACCGUGUGAGGGAGGGACCGUGGGAAAGAGGGAGGCAGGCAGGGAAGGGGGUUGUAGACAGAACUGUCUACUGGACGGGAAUAUGCUGGUUACAAAGUACUGUACCUUUUGAAAUAUUUCUUAAGGUGAUGUUAGUCUUCAUAAGAUUGUAGAAUUUCUGUACACCAGCAGUAUAAUUUUUCAGUAUGAUGUUACAUAGUAAUUUAAUAAAAAUGAUAAAGCGAC